CCCAGAGGUCCUCGGGGACAGAGGACAAGGGAGUGGGCGGUCCCUCGACCCCGAAGACAUUAAACCAGGUCAGGGGUAGAUGACGCUCCGAGUGACAAGAAGUGGCCCUCAGCGACUGACAAUCUCCAGCCCGGGGAACUCGGAGAGGGUGGGGCAAUCGCCAGGAGCCCACCAGCCCUCGGGGAAGAUUCCAGUGGGCGCUCUCUCCCUCGGCCCACUUUAGUCACGGAAACGCUCGCGCAGAGCUGGAGAGGUGCGUGCGGACUGUGCGAUGCGGGGAAUAACCCCAUCCCUCCCCGCUGGCGGAACAGAAGCCUGCACAUAACUUCUGAACCAAAGCCAUGUAUUUGGGGAACCAAGCCUCUGCAGUCUGGGCCUGCAACCCUGAUGUCCGUGAACUUUACUGGACCAGGCAGACUUCCUCUUCUUCUACAAAGGUGACAGAAGACCCACAUCUCUCAAGAGACUUUCCUAAGCAUCCGGAGAAGAUCCUUGUUCUCCCACUCCCUACCCAGCCCAGCCCCCUGCAGUCCUGCCAUGUUCCAGGUCUUUCUGGGUGCUCCUCGGCGGUUGCUGAAGGAAGGGAGAGAGUCCCGGCAGCUGGUGCUGGUGGUAGUGUUUGUGGCUCUGCUCCUGGACAACAUGCUGCUCACUGUGGUGGUGCCCAUUGUGCCCACCUUCCUGUACGCGACAGAGUUCAGAGACGUCAACUCUUCUUUGCAUAGGGGUCCUUCUGUAAGCUCGCAGCAAGCUCUCAUCUCUCCUGCCGUCUCUACCAUAUUCUCCUUCUUUGACAACACCACCACGACUGUAGAAGAGCAUGUACCCUUCCAGGUAGCAUGGACAAAUGGCACCAUCCCUCCUCCAGUCACUGAAGCUGGCUCAGCACCCAAAAACAACUGCUUGCAAGGGAUAGAGUUCUUGGAAGAAGAAAACGUCCGGGUUGGGGUUCUAUUUGCUUCAAAGGCUUUGAUGCAACUUCUGGUCAACCCAUUUGUAGGACCUCUUACCAACAGGAUUGGCUAUCACAUCCCUAUGUUUGUUGGCUUUAUGAUCAUGUUUCUCUCCACGCUAAUGUUUGCUUUCUCCGGCACCUAUGCCCUGCUGUUUGUGGCCCGAACCCUUCAAGGCAUCGGAUCUUCAUUUUCAUCUGUUGCAGGACUUGGGAUGCUGGCCAGUGUCUACACUGACAACCACGAGAGGGGGAGAGCCAUGGGGAUUGCUUUGGGGGGCCUGGCCUUGGGGCUUCUGGUGGGAGCUCCUUUCGGGAGUGUGAUGUACGAAUUCGUGGGCAAGUCCUCGCCAUUCCUUGUCUUGGCCUUCCUGGCACUUCUGGAUGGAGCUCUCCAGCUUUGCAUCCUAUGGCCUUCCAAAGUGUCUUCUGAGAACACCAUGGGAACUCCACUUCUGACACUUCUCAAAGACCCUUACAUCCUGGUAGCAGCAGGUUCCAUUUGCCUGGCCAACAUGGGAGUCGCCAUACUAGAGCCCACACUGCCCAUCUGGAUGAUGCAGACCAUGUGCUCCCCUGAGUGGCAGCUAGGUCUGGCCUUCCUGCCUGCCAGUGUGGCCUACCUCAUUGGCACGAACCUUUUUGGUGUGUUGGCCAACAAGAUGGGUCGGUGGCUGUGCUCCCUUGUUGGAAUGGUGGCAGUAGGCAUCAGCUUGCUCUGUGUGCCUCUGGCUCACAACAUUUUUGGUCUCAUUGGUCCCAAUGCAGGCCUUGGCUUUGCCAUAGGCAUGGUGGAUUCCUCUUUGAUGCCCAUCAUGGGAUACCUGGUGGACUUGCGCCACACAUCUGUGUAUGGGAGUGUCUACGCCAUCGCUGAUGUGGCUUUUUGCAUGGGUUUUGCUGUUGGCCCGUCUACCGGGGGUGCUGUUGUACAAGUCAUUGGCUUCCCAUGGCUCAUGGUCAUCAUUGGUGUCAUCAAUAUCAUCUAUGCUCCUCUCUGCUGCUUCCUGCAGAACCCCCCAGCCAAGGAGGAGAAGCUUGCUAUUCUGGGCCAGGAAUGCCCCAUGGAGACUCAGAUAUAUGCCGCCCAGAAGCCCACAAGGGAGUUUCCCUUGGGGGACAACAGCGAUGAUCUUGGCAGUGAGGACUAACUGAAGAAGUCAUCCCAGGUGACCCCGUAAGACUUGGAUUUCAGUGACCACCUGCACCCCAGGGACAAGAUCACUAUGGACUAUUCGAUGGAUUUCAUUUUCCUUUCAUCUGGCUGUUUCCCUUCCUGUCUUCUCACUGAUGGCUUGCCCUUACUCACUUGUGCAAGCCACCACCCUCCCUCUGCUCUUUGAUGCCAUAGGUGGUCCACUUUUUGUGGAAGGACAGUGCUACUUCCUGCCAGACCAAAGUGAGGCUGGUUAAAGCUGAGUCGUGACAAGUUCUGCAAGGGAUGACUCACUUCCUGUAGGCGGUACUGAACAAUGUGUCUGUGAAACCAGAAGGACAAAUGGCAAACCUUGCUUUGUUCUCUGGUUUUCUUUAACAUAUGCCCAACAGGUCAUGAGAUUUGAUCUCUGUCCUGUGAUAUGUUUUCCCAGUUGAGCUUCAAUAUAUAGUGCUUAGCUUAUUUUAAAGUUUAUAUAUAUUUAUGUGUAGGUGUAUGUGCCAAAAUGACUUCACCCUCGUUAAAUGAGGCCUUCCUACUCUUUUCAUUACCCAAUCAAAAGAAAAUAAGCAGCUUUCUCAGGCUUGA